AUGGGGGCAGUGGCUGGAAAUCGCAUCCGAAUACUGGAAGAGACUGUUCACAGCUUUAAAGGUAUUCCUUACGCCGAACCUCCGAUUGGAGAGUUGCGAUUCAAGAAUCCGUUGCCUUUGCAGCAUCCCUGGUCGGGUAUCAGAAAUGCAACGACUUUUGGUAAUGCAUGUUGGCAGCAGUCUGACACUAUGUUUUUGACAGCGGCCACAGAUUUGACACCGUCUGAAACACUGAGCGAAGAUUGCCUGUAUUUGAAUAUCUGGACCCCCGAGUCGGCACACAACGCGGCAGUGAUGCUAUGGUUUCACGGGGGGAGUUUUUUCUGGGGAGCUGGAUCGAUCUCCUUGUACAACGGUGGAACUCUGGCUGCUGUAGAGAAAGUUGUCGUCGUCACUGUUAAUUACAGGUUAGGUGCAUUUGGGUUUUUGACAUUAAAACACACCGAUAUACGGGGUAAUAUGGGCAUGAUGGACCAGGUUUUAGCAAUUGAAUGGGUGAAAGAAAAUAUCCGUUAUUUUGGUGGGGAUCCGGAUAAAAUUACUCUGGUUGGACAAAGCGCGGGUGGGGCCAGUGUGACGUAUCAUCUUCUUUCUCACGUCGGUAGGAAUAACUUCCGUCGGGCCAUUGUACAAAGUGGAACUUCUAACAGUCCCGCUCUGGAUCCUAAAACCAUGGAUGAAACGAAUCAUUAUGCUCAACUUCUGUCUGCUGAUCUGGGCUGCGUGGAGUCUAUAAUACCUCUAAAUAUCACCACCUCACUGCAUGACUUGCCGACACCUGCCGACCCCAUUGAUUACAGUAUAUAUGAAGAAAACUACGAGUCCUCGAGCGAGGUGACUCUUGGUGAGAUCGAUCAGUAUUUUGAAAAUCAUGCCACGGAAGUCAUUGCAUGUCUGCGUACCAGGGAGCCCAUCGACUUCGUAACAAGUCUAUGGUCAUUCGGUUUGCACUUUCCGACAAUAGAUGACGCGUUCAUUCGUGAGACACCAGCCGAUUCGAUCAAUGGAGAAGACUUCAAACGGACUGAAUUGCUGAUAGGUAUGAAUGAAAACGAAGCCGCAGUGAAUCUUCUUCGAAUGAAUUGGUUGCCCAGAGAAAACGACUCUGUGAUAGACGCAUCUCUAUUUCAUCAACGCAUACAAGAUUUUUACCGGCGUGACCAAAACGAUAACAUUCUUGCUGAAACAACUGCGUUUAUGUACCGAGACUGGUACGACAAACACAACCCUGAGAAACUACGAGAUGCAUAUGAAGAUAUAGUGGGCGACCAUGACAUCAAAUGUCCGUCUAUAGAAUUUGCCAGGACGUAUUCCGCGUCGGAUAGUACGCAAGUUUACAUGUACCAGUAUACACACCGCCCAUCCCUGUCUUCCUGGCCCGAGUGGAUGGGGUGUGUACACGGGGACGAGUUGGCGUUUGUGUUUGGUCAUCCGUUGCAUAUGGAGAAUGGAUACACAGAAGAAGAAAGUAAUUUCAGUCGAAAAAUUAUGAAAUAUUGGGCAAAUUUUGCCAAAACAGGCAAUCCUAACGUUGAUGAUCCUGCAAGUGAUCACCAUGGUAACCAGUGGACUCGUUACGGGUUGGACAAUCUUGCAUAUCUCACACUAAACAUGUCCAUACUGAAUAAAACAAUAUUAAGCCGAGGGUUGCGUGUCCCUUAUUGUGAUUUCUGGCGAGAACUGGUACCAAAGGUAACAGAAGGAGAAUCCACGCCCAAGGACACUGAUAAGGUACGAAUCUCAACAUUCUCAGCAACAACCAGACGAUCAUUUGAGAAUGUCGGAUCAAAGUUCGGAACAUUUACGUAA